CUUUUCUCCUGUCUCGAAUAAAAGAGGGAGCUUUGCCCCGCGUCUCUCUCUCUCUCUCUCUCUCUUCGCGAUUCGAUGAUGGUGUCGCCUCACUCCCACUCCCCGCCGCCUCUCCCGCUCCCCUAAACCCCAACCCCAGCCGAGACCUCUCCCCGAUUCCGGAAUUUCUCAUCAUGGAUGCUACUCAAUCAGUUGCCACACUGAUUGAUUCAACCACCUCAAAGAUACAACAGCUUCAGUAUGCAAUUGCUCAACUUGAAAGUCAUAGCGCUGUAUCUCUGAAUGUGAAAUGGAAACAGCUUGAAGAGCAUUUUCAUGGUCUUGAGAAAUCAUUAAAAGAAAGAUUUAACGAGUUGGAAGAUCAGGAAAAGGAGUAUGCAAAUGAAGUCACAGAGACUGAGGAGAUGUUGGAGAACCGUGAAGCCGUGGUAGUUGCUAAGGAGCUUGCUUCAUUGGAUCGGCUUCAAAUAAAAAGAGAUGCCGCACUAUCUGAGAUAUUUGACAAGUACAAAAGCAAUGGUGUGGUUGAUGCUUCUUCUAAAGAAAACCCAGAUGCUAACUCAUCCAAAACUGACUUGGUAGAUGGCAAAAAUACUGAAAAUUGCAAUACAGACAUAAGCCCUAACUCAGUACUGAUGUCUCUGUGUGAGAAAAUGGAUGCCGAAGGACUUCACAAAUAUAUAUCAGACAACCGCAAGAACUUGGCAUCCAUUCGUGAAGAAAUUCCUCUGGCUCUCAAAGGUGCACGUGACCCUUUUGCCCUUGUGCUGAACUCGUUGAAGGACUUCUACUCUGGAGAAAUAUUAGGGUUAGACGGAAAGAAAGAUGGUAGCCUUCUGGGUUUACGUAGAACUUGUCUCAUGUUAAUGGAGUCCCUUGGCUCACUCUUUGAUACUUCAAUGGCUGCAUUAAAUAUUAAAGAGCAAGCUAAGGCGAUUGCUUUAGAGUGGAAGCCAAAGUUAGAUACUCUUGACAUUGAUGCUAGUAGUGGAAAUUCGCUAGAAGCGCAUGCAUUUCUCCAACUUUUAGCUACUUUUGGACUUUCAUCUGAGUUUGAUGAAGAGGAAAUAUUCAAAUUGAUCCCAUGUGUUAGCAGGCGUCGUCAAAUAGCGGAGCUAUGUCGAUCACUUGGGAUAUCACAUAAGAUGCAAGGUGUGAUAGAAGUUCUGGUGAAUACUGGGAGGCAAAUAGAUGCCAUUAAUCUGGCAUAUGCAUUUGGAUUGACAGAGCAAUUCGCACCCGUGCCUUUGCUGAAAUCGUAUUUGAAAGAGGCGAGGAAGACGCCACAUGCCAAAGCUGGAAACAUGUCCCCUGGGGCUCAGAAUGAGACGAACGAACGCGAGCUAUCCGCGCUAAAAUCUGUGCUCAAGUCCAUCGAGGACCACAAUCUCGCAGACCAAUACCCGCCCGAACCGCUUCAGAAACGAGUCGCCCAGCUGGAGAAAGCCAAAGCAGACAAAAGAAGAGCCGUCGAAGCCGCGAAGCCGCAAUCCAAGCGGGCCCGCGCCAGCGGCACCGUCCACAACCCCCGCGCGCCGAACAACUUCCCGAACAACUUCCCCGACAAAAGCUUCUAUCCGACCACCCCUGAACGGUACCCAUACCCUUACAAUAGGCAAUAUGUGUACCCGAUCGAACCCCAUCAUCCGACUAUGAUGAGUUCCGCUCCGUACGCUCUCUCUCCUAGCCACACUACUUAUUACGGAAAUGGGUACCCGGUUCAGUAUCAACCUGCUUAUUUACACUAAUGGAGAGAGAGAGAGAGAGAGAGAGAGAGAGAGAAACAGAUUAUGUGUGAUAUUAGUUUCCUAACUGCUAGGUUUGAACCAGUUGGGUGUUCUACUAUUUCUGUUUAUUGUGUUCUAUAGCCAUGUUGUGUGUGAUGAUGAUACCCCUUAUGUUGUUUAAUCCUGGUGACUAAUGUUUAGAUGUAACUUCUAAUGUUUAGUUAUUAUAACACUGCUCCUAUUUUCUAAUUUUUCGCCA